CAGGAAGGCUGCCGUGAAUGUGUACACGGCCGGCCACGUGCGCACAUGCAAUACGUAUGCAAUAACCGUAUCGUAUUUGUAAAAUUUGCGUGCGCUUGUAAAUAAACAGUUAACCGAGUGUUACUGUUUACUGAUGUGUUAAAAGGCCCCUGUUUAGGCGUUUUUAAAAAGGGGGAACAUCUGAUUCAGUGAGGAGCACUCCCAAGUACAUACACAUACAUGUACAGUGACUAGAUAAGUGUGUGAUCAUGCUGACCAAACCCUUGCUGCCGAGAGAGUCGGGGAGACUUAUCGCCUCAAAGAGUCAAGAUGUCACCAUCUCGGAAGAUGGGGCCACUGAUGUAGCCAACAUGAUUUUCAAAAGUUUAAAGAAAAAUGAAUACAGUGUGGAGGCGUGGAAACAACACGAUCUUCACCCAAAGCUGAUGACAAAGGAGACUGUUGAUUGGAUCUUUGUGUUGGACACACUGAACUUCUCUUUCUGGAGUGAGGCGAAUGACAAAAGAUUCCUUGUGGACUACCGGGGCAGUUUGCACAGCGGCUACUGGGCCCUGUGUGCAGCUAUCAACAGAGCGUUAGAUGAAAACAUUCCAAUCACAUCAGCGUCCUAUUAUUCCCGGAUCACCGUGGAUCAGCUGAGGCAUAUAUUCCGGUCAGCGACAGACACUGAUAUACCGCUACUGGACAAGAGACUAGAGCAUCUGCAUGAAGCCGGUACGGUACUCCUAGAAAAAUUUGAAGGUUCCUUUGUCAACUGCAUCUCCCAGUGUGACCGUAAAGCAUCCAAGCUUCUGCAUCUGAUCACCGAGAACUUUCCGUCUUACCGAGAUGUGGCUAUGUUUGAAGGAGCGGCUGUUUCUUUAUACAAAAGGGCACAGAUCCUGAUUGCUGACAUCUGGGCGUGUUUUGAAGGCAAAAGCUACGGAGAGUUCAUUGAUAUUGAUGUACUGACCAUGUUUGCAGAUUAUAGAGUACCCCAGGUGUUGAACUAUUUUGAAGUUAUCAGGUAUUCCCCUCGUCUGCAUGAGAUUCUCCAGUCGGGGAGACUCUUCACGCCAGGUGAGAGGUUGGAGGUAGAAAUCAGAGGCUGCUCCAUCUGGGCAGUAGAGCUGAUACGACAGGAGCUGAAAAGUCUAAUGGCUGAGGACUCAUCCCUCUCUGGACUGACUUUGAACAGCAUCAUCAUUGACUUCUACCUAUGGGACUACUCCAAGGACCACUGGCGGGACAUGCAACAUGUACCCAUCCACAAGAUACGUAGUACAUUCUAUUGACGACAAUGACAACAAGCAAUUGUCAGCUUGUUUUGGGAUAAGCAACUAAUGAGCUCAAACUUUCAUUCAUGUUGUACACAUGGCCUGAGUGAGGAAUGUAAUCAAAUGCAAAACCAUUUCUUUACAUUUAACCCUUGCUCCUCUAGACCUUCAAAGACACUUCAUUUUUUGCCAUAUGAAAAUGUUACAUAUUUAUUGCAUGGACCAAGAAAUGCCAAUACCAAAUUUAGCAAUUCCGCGCUAUGCUGAAUCCCCUCAUCAUCAAACUUGUUGCAUUGGGAGUCUUUGCUGAUCAGCUUGAUGUUCAGCAAAUUGGCUUACCAUCUUCCAUGGUGACGUGAGUGCCUUCCUGCAUGCAAAAAGUUAAUGUUGCUCUAAGGUAUCGGCACAUGCAUUUCUGGCAGACUGGCAAAAAAAAAUAUAUAAGUUCAGAGAGCAAGGGCUAAUCCACAUGAUCCAAACACACUCUAGUAAGAAGUUCGUCCUUUAGCCUGCACGGCACAGGGACAUUUUUUUUUAGAAAAAAGAAGCCAAAUGCUGCAUAUAGCUCAUGGAACUAUGUUUGCCAUUAGAGAGUAUUGUCAAAAAGUAUUAUCUUCAAGUAAACUUGAAUCCUCGAUCCUGAUUGGUGGAUCCAUGGCAACAAGCCGUGCUAUAUAUAACCAUGUAGCACGGCCUCGGUCCAUACCGCACUCCGUGUAUUACGCAUGUGUGCGUGUUCCAUGAAGUGCAUCAAGUUUGCUUGAAGAUAAAUUCGUUAUCACGCUC